GAGGUUCCCCAAGCAAACGAGUUAGUUAAUGUCAUAGAAGGAAAAGGAAAGGAAUAUAGGGGAGUGAAGACAAAAUGGAAUCAACUCAUGUGAUAUCCAUUAGCAAUGAAGAAGACAGUGUUGUUCCUGUGAAGGAGGUAAAGACACUCCAAUUUCUAUUUAGGCAAAAUAAAAUCCACAGCUCUCCUGCCCCCAUUACUACUUCUUAUCCAAAGGAUAAUAAGCAGAAGAAAAGUGACCAUAACAUUAGGAAGAUUAUUCACAGUAUCAAAGUUGGAAUCUCCCUGGUUUUGGUUUCACUCUUGUACAUUUUGAAUCCUCUGUUUGAGCAAGUAGGAGAAAAUGCUAUGUGGGCUCUCAUGACUGUAAUUGUCAUCUUUGAAUUCUCUGCAGGUGCCACCUUAGGAAAGGGCUUCAACCGUGGAAUAGGAACUGUUGUUGGAGGAGGACUUGGUUGCUUAGCAGCAAUUUUGGCCCAAUGCAUUGGAGGGAUUGGCAGCUCAAUUAUCAUAGGAACUUCAGUAUUUAUCUUUGGAUCGGUGGCUACAUAUUUUCGACUGGUUCCAAGCAUCAAAAACAAAUACGAUUAUGGAAUGAUGGUACUCAUUCUCACUUUCAAUCUAGUUGUGGUUUCUGGUGCACAUCCUGGUUUGAAAGUGUGGGACAUAGCCAGAGAACGUUUCUUGAUAAUCCUGAUGGGUUUCAUCGUGUGCAUUUGUGUGAGCUUGUUCGUAUUUCCCUUGUGGGCCAGUGAUGAAUUUCAUGAUUCCAUUAUCUCAAGAUUCCAUGACCUUGCCAAUACAAUUGAAGGUUGCUUAGAGGAAUGUUGCAAAAUGAUUGAUGAAAAUGAAAAUCAAGCCAGUGAUGGCUUCUCAGUUUGCAAAUCGGUGUUGAACUCCAAGUCAAAGGAUGAAUCAUUGGCAAAUUUUGCAAAAUGGGAACCCUGGCAUGGAAAAUUUGGAUUUUGCUACCCUUGGGAAAAGUACUUAAAGAUUGGAGAGAUUCUUCGAGAGUUAGCUGCGUUCAUUCUUGCAGUGGGUCGUUGUCUCCAAGCCUCAAAACAGCCCACGGCAUCUUUGAGGGAGUCAAAUUUGGUCCAAUUAGAACCAUGUGAAGCAAUUGGGUCAAGACUUGCUUGGACUCUUCGAGAACUCGGAGAUAGCAUGAAGCAAAUGAUGAAAUGUGAAGCAGAGGCUGGAACUUUUUUGGCUAAGUUAAAAGUACUGAGAACAGAGCUAAGCUUGGUGAUUUCAACGUCCAUGGUAGCACAACUUGAGAAUGAGGAAGUUCUAGCCAUUGCAAGUUUAGUGUUUUUGCUUAUGGAAGUGGUGGAGAAGGUAGAGGAAUUGGUAAAAGAGGUGGUGGAACUUGGAGAUAUUGCUCGUUUUCGCAACCAUGUAACUCCAGUUUCUUCCUAGAAACUACGCACAUAUAGGAUAUGUACAAUAAGCCAUUUCCCAAUUUUGGGGUCAAAUAUUAUAGAUGUAUUUUGAGUA